AACUAGUUUCCAAGUUUCCAUUUGUUGAGAGAUCUCCUCCCCUUUCACCAUUCUCAAACACUCAACACCACAUGGAUAUUGGACACUUGGAAAGUGGUGCAGGCGAAGUUGCCAUGACACCGAUUAGUGGAAACCAAGUUUCACCAACGAGACAACCAGAGGUCUCACCUACAACGGGUGGAAUAAAACCAUCGGAGCCCUCACUUGAAAACAUAACUUGUGCCCUUUCUUCAGGGUUCCAACUUAUGCAUAAACUUCGGGAAGUAUCUAUAAUCUUGUUUAUUUAUAUGGGUGCGGGCACGGUAUGCUUUUAUCUCGUCAGACACCAGAUGUCUGGAGAGAAAACCAAUGGAGUCCUCGAUGCUUUUUAUUUCACCAUUGUUCUAUUGACUUCAAUCAAGUACGGAGACUUAUGCCCUGAUAGCACUCUUACACUACUACUUGCCUCUCUCUUCGCCAUCAUGGGUACGCUUAUUAUGGCACUACUCAUGAGUAUAUGUGCACGAGUUUUAGUCAAGCAAUCGGAAGUAAAGCAAAAAAUUCGGUUACAUAAGCAUCAAAUUGGUGGUAGUAUUGAAGCCCGAAUAUCAGAGCAGAGGAAAACCAACAUGAAAUAUAUGUGUAUAGCACUAGUGGUAUCCCUUGUGGUCCUUAUUGUCGUCGGGACAGUUGUCUUGGUUUCUCUCGAAAAUUUGGAUAAUAUCCACGCGUUCUAUUGUAUCCUUGCAACAAUUACAAGUGUAGGUAGUGAUAACUGCUUCUCAACAAAAGGUGGGCGCGUAUUCGCAGUGUUUUGGAUGUUAUUGGGUACUUUUUAUUUAGCUCUAGCUUUCCUUACUUUUGCGGAACUAUACACUCAAAGGAAACAAAGAUCAUUUGAGAAAUCAGUUCUAGAAAGAACCACAACACCUGAAGACUUCUACGCAGCUGAUUUUAAUAGCGACCGUGUUCUAUCGAUUUCUGAAUAUACUCUUCAUAAGCUAAGUGAGAUGGGAAAGAUCAGUCAAGAAGACAUGGCACCUAUCGUGGAGGACUUUCGAAGACUCGACGUUAAUGACAAAGGUGCCUUGACGUUACGAGAAAUUACGUAUUAAUAAUCCGCAUGGUAUAACACAGACGUUGUACCUAAACAUCUGUGUGAUGUGACAUAAGACACUACUAUAGAUGGUAUUUACUGUUUUCUUGUAUGUAUUUGGAUAAAGUUUUGUGAUAAUAAUAAGCAAAGAGUAAAUUACGUUUUUGGUCCCUGUGGUUUGU